AGCGGCGGGCAGGGACAUGCAGCUCUACAGCAGCGUCUGUACCCACUACCCAGCCGGGGGACCGGGUCCCACGGCCGCAGCCUCCGCCCCGCCCGCAGCCGCCGCCGCCGCCGCCCCGUUCAAGGUCUCUCUGCAGCCACCGGGCCCCGCCAGCGGUGCGCCGGAGCCCGAGACCGGUGAGUGCCUGCCCCCCGCGGCCGCCGAGCCCCGGGAAGCCGCCGCCGCCCCCGCCGCCAAGAUGCCCGCCUUCUCCUCCUGCUUCGAGAUGGUGUCCGGGGCCGCCGCCCCCGCCUCGGCCGCUGCUGCCGGGCCGCCCGGGGCGUCCUGCAAGCCGCCGCUGCCGCCGCACUACACGUCGACGGCGCAGAUCACCGUCAGGGCCCUGGGUACCGACAGGCUCCUGCUGCACGGGUCCGAUUCCGGCCCCGCGGCGCCCGCCGCUGUUGCCCAGCGCGGCCGCUGCCUUCUGCUGGCUCCCGCGCCCGGAGCCCCUGUUCCGCCGCGGCGGGGCUCUUCGGCCUGGCUCCUAGAGGAGCUGCUGCGGCCCGACUGCCCCGAGCCCGCGGGCCUGGACGCGGCCCGGGAAGGGCCUGACAGAAACUUCCGACUGAGCGAGCACCGCCAGGCCCUGGCCGCAGCCAAGCACCGAGGCCCCGCGCCGCCCCCGGGGAGCCCGGAGCCCGGCCCGAGCCCGUGGGGCGAGGAACACCCGGCAGAGAGGAGCCCCCGCGGCUGGGAGAGGAGCGGCGACCGGAGCGACCCUCCCGGCGCGGACACGGCGCGGCGGCCCGACCCGGAGGCCGAGGCGCCCCCCACGCGGAACAGCGAGAUCGCCCAAUGCAGCGCGGCCGAGACGGUGGUCGUCUCCAGGGCGGAUCCCAGAGACGAGAAGCUAGCCCUGUAUCUGGCCGAGGUGGAGAAACAGGACAAGUAUCUGCGACAGAGGAAUAAAUAUCGAUUCCACAUCAUUCCCGACGGCAACUGCCUCUACCGAGCUGUCAGCAAGACAGUGUACGGGGACCAGAGCCUGCACCGGGAGCUGAGAGAGCAGACGGUGCACUACAUCGCCGAUCAUCUCGACCACUUUAGCCCCCUGAUUGAGGGCGACGUGGGAGAAUUUAUCAUCGCUGCUGCCCAAGACGGGGCGUGGGCCGGGUACCCUGAGUUGCUGGCCAUGGGGCAGAUGCUGAAUGUGAAUAUACACUUAACUACUGGAGGGAGGUUGGAGAGCCCCACGGUGUCUACCAUGAUUCACUAUUUGGGCCCAGAGGAUUCCCUAAGGCCUAGUAUUUGGCUCAGUUGGCUCAGUAAUGGACACUAUGAUGCGGUAUUUGAUCACUCCUAUCCUAACCCAGAGUAUGACAAUUGGUGCAGACAAACUCAAGUGCAAAGAAAACGCGAUGAAGAACUUGCCAAAUCCAUGGCCAUAUCCCUGUCCAAAAUGUAUAUAGAACAAAAUGCAUGCUCUUGAAGUGUCUGAAAACCUUACACCCUGGGAAAAUUGCAUACAUGUGUUUGGAGAAUCACACGAACUCUAAUCAGGGUAAUAGCACUUUUAAAUUUACUAGUAGGUUUUCUGUAGGUGUGAUGCCUUAAUCAUUUCUUUUGAAUGUUUCCUCAGAGUUGGAGGUUACUGGGCACCUAAGUGAUGUUUCAUGAUAGCUUUGGGUGAUCCUACUGCUAUUUAUAAUUUGCUGUAUAAAGUGAGCACUACUUAAUUUGCAAGCUAAUUUCUCACAGUGUAAAUUUGUUCAUUUCUGGUAGUCUAUUUUCUAUAAAAAUGUAUUUUUGCACAACAUUUUUAAAAAUUGGUGUACUUUCGUCUAUGAUGUGUUCAUUUUGACAAACGGCUUUCAGGCAUAAAUCCAGAGAAGUGCUUUAUAUGAUAUGAAGUUUAUUGUUUUGAAAAGAUUUUGUGAUUUAGUAGUUAUUUUAUGUUUUGGAAAUUUGAAUUUUACAAUUCUUAGAUAAUUAUUUCAAGUGUAUAUUGAUACAUUCGUGUUACCAGAUGAUUGGCCCAUUCCAUUUUGAUGAAACAGAUUUGUCGUUUUCGAAAUCGUUAUUUUUCUAAAACUGGUCAAUCUUUAAAGAGAAGUACUUAAGAGAAGUUUGUGGAAAGAUUUUUAUUCUUUAAAGGAUAGUACCAAGUCUUACUUGAAUGAAAGUCUGAUAUUUGCUGAUGGCAAGAGAGAUUAUUCUGUAUUCUGGUUGAUGUUUAGAGUAGAUUGUCUGGUGCUCACAGUUGUUUUUAUUUACAUUUGUCAUUUUAUUAUAGAAGAAUUCUAACAGGGGAUAAAACUUUGUGACAAGAUAAGUUGCCUGCUUUAUAUAGUUUCUUGGAUUCAACUAAAAUGCCUGGAACCGACCUUGGCAGUUGUUUUAUAGCAGGAGAAUACUGUGUUAAUAUUCUUUUCCUUCUAAAUUUUUUCAAAAGGCAAAAUAGGAUUGCCCUCUGUUACAUAAAAAUGUCUAAACAGAGUUGUAUAGUUUGCUGGGUCAAACAGUGUUUUCAACCUAAAAUCUAUCUCAUUGCCACUUUAACUACUUUUAGUCAUAUUUAUUAAGUAAUGCAGUUUGUACUUUUUUAUUUUGUAACAUUUUGUGAUUUUUUGUACAAUACUGUAUUUGUACAAUAGAGUAAUUCUCAGCUGAUGGAAUGAAUGAAUAAAAUGCAUAAUUUUACUUUUAUAA